GAACGACCGUAACGCCCAUUGGCUGUCGCGUCGCCGGUGGGACGUGGCUACGGGAGCCGGGCGGGCGCCUUUCGAACCGCGGCUAGGGCGGCGACGGAAGCAACGAAGGAUGCAUCCAGCUGGCUCCGCUGCGGCGGGGACUCCCCGGCAGCCCUCAAAGCGGAGGAUCCCUGUGUCCCAUCUGGGCAUGGCUGACCCCCACCAGCUUUUUGAUGACACAAGUUCGGCUCAGAGCCAGGGCUAUGGAGCCCAGCGGGGACCCAGCGGCCUGGGCUACCCUACAGCUUCUGCCUCGCCCCAGGCAGCCUUCCUAGCUGAUCCUGUGUCCAACAUGGCCAUGGCCUAUGGGAGCAGCCUAGCCGCACAGGGCAAGGAGCUGGUGGAUAAGAAUAUCGACCGCUUCAUCCCUGUCACCAAGCUCAAGUAUUACUUCGCCGUGGACACCCUGUACGUGGGCAAAAAGCUGGGCCUGCUCUUCUUCCCCUACCUGCACCAGGACUGGGAGGUGCAGUACCAGCAGGACACCCCAGUGGCCCCCCGCUUUGAUGUCAACGCUCCGGACCUCUACAUUCCAGCUAUGGCUUUUAUCACCUACGUCUUGGUGGCUGGCCUGGCACUGGGAACCCAGGAUAGGUUCUCCCCAGACCUUCUAGGGUUACAGGCCAGCUCGGCGUUGGCCUGGCUGACACUGGAGGUGCUGGCCAUCCUGCUCAGCCUCUACUUGAUCACUGUCAACACUGACCUCACCACUAUCGACCUGGUUGCCUUCUUGGGCUACAAAUAUGUUGGGAUGAUUGGUGGGAUCCUCAUGGGCCUGCUCUUUGGAAAGAUUGGCUACUACCUGGUGCUGGGCUGGUGCUGCAUGUCGAUCUUUGUGUUCAUGAUCCGGACGCUGCGGCUGAAGAUCCUGGCGGAGGCUGCGGCUGAGGGAGUCCCCGUGCGCGGAGCGCGGAACCAGCUGCGCAUGUACCUGACCAUGGCUGUGGCGGCAGCGCAGCCUCUGCUCAUGUACUGGCUCACCUUCCACCUGGUGAGGUGAGGGCGGUGCGCCGCCUAAUUGCUGCUCCAGGCGCCUCAUCUCCCGACCACCUGCCGCCAUCUCUGGGCCACCUGCCAGCUCCAUCUUUGCCUGGCCCCCCAGCCUGAGAUGCUCUGCCCCGCUCCCACCCCAGUUGGAGAUCCCCUGGGGCACUAGCUGCCCCUCAGCAGGCAGCCUCUGUUCUGGAAACAAUAAACCUUGGUGAGCCCA